CUAGGCUGAGGAUACACACCAUACACACCAUACAUGAAGUACUUAAUACCAUAUUCAAGAUGGACGUCGAAGAACGACGCUUUUGUUUACUAUAAAACUAAAUUUACGACUUAAAUUACCUAAAAAUAAAAAAAUAUGGAAACUACCACGAAGUUCAUAAAAAGGUUUUACGAAACUCCUCGAGCGCAAGUAAGAUUUCGUAGUUGUUUUCUUAAAUAUAAUAUGUUUAUGAUAUGAAAUAUUAUAAAUAUAUUAUCUGACAAAUUCUGACAUCCCACUGUAUGAUAUGUAUGGUACUGUAUAUCCGUUCUAGGAGAUCUAUACUUCACUUCGCCAACGGAGUAAAGCAGUACAAAGAGCAAUUAAUGAUGAAGUUUGUGUCGAAGAUAUUCCUGACGAGAUAACAAAGCUGGACAAAGUUAGAAGUCUUUCAACAAACGAAAAGGUGUUUUAUAGUUUAUAUUAAAGUGUGCAAUAGUUAAAUUGAAUAUUGAUUUAUUGAUAUUAAGGUAACUAUUUGACGUUGAUAUUAUGAUUCAUUGAAUUCUUCCUGUUCCCACCGGCAACCCUCUGGGAAAUACAAACUGGAAAGUUUGGAAAUUGUGCGCUGGAGAUUUCAAUGACACUUGCCAGGGGUGGAGAAUCUUGUUCAGGGUCUGGUCACAGAAUAGAGACAAACGGAAGGUCGGCUUCUUGGUUUUCCCAUGAUUUUGAUGUAACCAUAAAUUAAUCUUCAUAGACUUCAUAGUCCUUCCCCCAUUGGGGAAGUUGGCCCCCCUUUUUUUCUUUUCUUUGGGGGGGGGGGUGUUAGUCCCCCCACACCACCCCAGUAGUUCCGGCCUGGGGGUGAAUGUCCCUCAUAAGCGCACUGGCUAGGACCAUAUAGUGUUGGCAUUUUGAUCCAUGUUGGAGUCAGUGAAAAUUUUACCCCAGAGGUUAUAAUCCAAUAUCAUUGCCAGACAUUUGAAUCCCAAAACAUCCCUUACAUCUAUGCCCCUUAUGGUCUUAUUACCCUUUUGAUUCCCAAAUUUCUUAUUCUAAAUAUAACUAAAGGGUUAAGGAUUGCUAAAAAGAUUACAAAAAGGAUUUCAAAUUGUAAACAUACUAAAAGGGUUACAAAAUGUAAAAAAAAAUUAGAAGAAAAGAUAUAUUUUUGGCAAUUUUUCCUAUUAAAAAUUAUUGCCAAACUGCGAAAUAUUAGAACCUGAUGAUUGUGCCCAAUAAACGAACCUUUGAUUUUAUGCAAACUUGGAAUGAAACAAAUAAUUAUUGACACCACAGAUUAAGGUACGCGAACAAUUAUUUCAGCUACUAAUAUCUGCAUAUUAUUUAAAUUUUCCCAUACAUUUUUCAGUUCAUCGAUCAUUUAGCCAUAGUAUGCAUGACUUUGUAAACGGUGGGUUAUUGUUAUUUCGGUAAUUAAAAUUAGUUACAAAUCCUGCCCGUCCAUUUACUGCAUUGUUGCCCAGUUUUAAGUGUCAUAAAAAAAUCAUAUUUUAUUUCCUUGAUUAGUUCAUGGAAUUUUGUUUCCACACUGUACAAUUUUAAUUUGGUAUGAUUUUAUAUAAAAAUUGGUUAACCACCAUAGAAAAUGAACUACUUUUAUAGUAUUUACGCCUAAUUAGGCUUUUUGGUGUCAUUUUUAUGAGUCGAUAUUUCUUGCUAGUAUCGAUAAUUUUCUUCAAAACCCUGGUAUAGAUAGUAUCGAGUAUUUGGUAUCAAUAUCGGCCCAUCCCUAUCAGGAAUGCAGUCCACAGGCAGGAUCAGAGUUUGUGGUUAUGUUAGCAGGCCUUGCUUGUUGGCCACUAUGCCCUCAAAAUAUACUGAAAUCCACGGCCAGUAGUGGCCUGCCCUCAACCCCAGACUACAGUUAUACUUAUGCCUUAGAAUACCAAGUGUGAAGUGUAUGAUUUGUAAAAUUGGCAAUAAAUUUAAAAUAGUAUUUAAUUAAAUGCACCUUUUUGUCAGUGUGUCAGUGGAAUCAUGUAUUAAAAUAUCCAUAGUUUUGUAAAAUAUCCUUCUUAGCUGCAAUGGCCAUUAUUGCCAUUUUCAACCAUUAUAAUAUGACAUUAAAUUAAUAUAGAUCUUAUUGAUGAUGAGUGUGAAUCACCAUGUAGGCAGGGGCGUAGGGAGGGAUGCUGCACCCCCCCCCCCAAUGCUGUGUCCGUCGGCACAAUAAAUUAGUUGUCGGUAAAAUGAAUUGGAUCAAGCCAAUAGGCAAUACCUGAUUGGAGAGAGAUUGUUUGUAGAAAAUUUGUAGAAAAUGCGAGAUCGAAAAGAUGGAUAUGUCGACUGAAAGCUCGGCCCUUUUCCGAACAUUCAGCCAAAUUGGCCAAGAACUUGUUACGCUAAUACGCUAUUUAAUAGUAUUAUAUUUUCUUGCAAUUUUGUGAAAUAUGAUACCAUAGGAAACUCGAAGCACAUGUGCGUGUUGACUGUUGAUGCGUCUGCGCUUCAUUUCAUAAUUUUGUAAAGCCAGUAAAAGUCUUAGAAAUUACACCUAACGGUCUUAUAUACAAUGAGAAAUACGAAGAUGAUUUAAAAGUAUGGACAGUAGCAAGCAAAAACGCAAACGGAAGAGAGAGAAACUGACGUGUUUAGUUUGUAAUUGGUCGUUUGAUGACGAUUGGAUGUUCUUUUUUGAAAUUUAUACCAUGUAUUUUAAGGAACUAUUUCGCCUAUUUAAAAAAUAAAUUAUCUUGGCGGUUACUACUCGGAUUUCAUCGUUGUACAUCACUUAAAAGUAAAUACGGUUCGUUUUGACCACGCCCUAACAACGUGCUAGCCACACCCUUUUGUCGGCAAAAAGUUGUCUUGCACCCCCCGAAAAGGAUAGUCUUCGCUCCGCCCCUGCAUAUAGGUAACCUGAUAGUGGUUAUAAAGAACAAUUUUGGAAAGAUAAUGAUAUUGCAAUAUCCCAGCAAACUGUAGAAUUGAAGUGCAAGAAAAUAAAAGAUUGAAAGAUAUUAAAACUUUCGCAAAUCAAUUUGAACUUGUAUUUUCCCCUAAAGUACCAUUUUGUUCCCUGUCUUUGACAAUGUUUCAAAUGUCAAGUAGCAACACUUUGCUUGCAUUUUCACCCAUUGCCAUUGAGCUCUCCCGUUGAUGAGUAAAAUUGUCUGGCAUUAGACAGUGAAAGUAAAAUCAGAAUGUAGACUGUGCAAACGUACAGACUGAAGUAUAAUGCAACUUAAUCUGUUAACAAGCUAUUAAGCCAUUGAACACCAUCGCUCACCCCUUGAGGAGUAAAAUCAUCUGGCGUUAGACACAGUAAAAUAAUAAAGUAUUUAGGAUGCAGUGCAACUUGAUAUUGACCCUAGUUUACCUAAUCAUAUCAUGCAAAACACACACUUUAGCUACACUCUUGAACUGUCUGUGCCAGUGUAGGUAGUAGAGGUGUGCAAAUCCGAUCGGAUUCGUUCGGAUUUCGGAACAAAAAUAUUCUUUUUCGAUUGGAUCGGAUUGACAACAUUGUUUCGUAGUCGGAUCGGACUUCGAUAUUCGAAAUAAAAUGAAUUAAUUAUCCACGCAUUAUCGCAACAAUUAAUUAUCCAUGCAUUUAUCAAAGCAUUAAUAAAUUACCGCGGUUGUUGCUGCAUUAUUCGUUUGAUACUUCAAUUGGACGUCACUUUGUCAGCUUCUUGACAUGUAUUUCUUGCUUUUAUAUUUAUUGGUUAAAUAUUUCCACUUGGAUGAGAAAUUUAUUUUAUUAAAGGUUCUUCGGAUCGGAUCGGAAUUCUUUAUCAAAACUCGGAUUCGGAUUAGACAAUAUCGGAUUGGAUUUUAAACAUUAGAUCCGAUGCAUACCUCUACUAUGUAGUGGCAAUAAUAUGAACAAGCUUUCGUUGGUGGGGAUGCAACUAUACCUGAAAAAUAUAAGCCAGAAUUUCGACGGUUCGAGCGAAGGCCCUUCGUCUUCGAAAUUCUCCUUUUAUUUUUUAAGCAGUUGCAUCCCCAUCAACGAAAGCUUGUUCACUUUAGAUACACCUACGUCCUUUCCCCUAUAUGUUCCUCAGGGAAAAGCAAAAGCCAGGUUGCAGUUAGUUAGUUAUGUACUUUGCUACAGCUAAUGGUGAUACAUUUCUAUGUAUCCUAGCCUGAGUGGGAGAAAACCAAAUACCCAGAGAAAAGUAUUGGCAGAGCACUGACUAAUCCUUUUCACAUGAAUGUCCUGAGUCCGGAACGAGAAUCGAACCCACAACUUCAGUAGUGAAAGGUGCUUGCUCUGAACAAUGCAAUAUUUUUGUAAAUAUUAUUGAGUGGCCUCAGGCCCCAACCAUCUUCCCCGUGCUGUCACAGUUUCUCCAUGCUUUUCCAGCUGUGCGUUGCAGGCAUAAUAAACGACAAGGACUCGCAAGUAAAACAAAGCAGUAACAAGCAGCUUGUUGGCAUACAUCUAACUUUCUACUGUCGUUUUUUACUAUAUUUCUUUUUUAUUCAGGUAAUAGAUUUUCCUCUUGAUGAACGAAAUCAAGAAAUUGAAUUUGAUGAAUCUCUGUGCAAUUGUGAUGAACCAACAAUUCCUGAAACACUUCUUUCAGAAUGUGAAAGCAAAGUGUCAGAAAUAUAUAAUACUAUUCUUCAAGAUCAGGUAUAGAAUUGUCAAUUUGCUUAUCCUAAAAACGGGUUCAAGAGUGCCUUUGCUCUUUACCACUGUUCUUUACCAUUGAAUGAUCAGUAGCAGGUAAAAAUCAGGGUAUCCACGGGCCUUUCCAGGACUGAAAAGUCCUUGAAAAUUAGUAAAAGCCCUUGAAAGUCCUGGAACCAAUUUCCUUAACCUCCAGCUGUGCCAACAUUAGUGAUUAUGAUUAAAAUUACUGAAUAAAGUGAAUUAUUUACGGCAAAUCCGUGCCAUUUUCAAAGAUUUUGCCCAGUUGUAGGUCCUUGAAUUUACUGAAAGCCUUGAAAGUCCUGGAAACGUCCUUGAAUUUCACCUUCACCAAAGGGUGCAUGGACACCUUGAAAAAUGUCUAUUGAUUUUGUACAUGGUACUGUGGCUUAUUAAUCAUGAUGCUGAUGCAGAUUAAACUCUAUAAAUUGUCCUUGAGUCUUGACAAUCAUUACAGUUUCGCGUGAUAAUAUGGCAAAUAUAGACGAUGUUUUAUUAAAAAUACAAGCGAAGAUAAUUGACGAGUUAUUUGACGCCGUGAUGAACCCUUUAAUCAUGCAGCCUUUGGGUACAAUAGGGCUAAAUGACUAUAGGUGGAAUAAAGACAUCUUUUGUUAGUUGGAGUUUUCUGUUGUCGUUUAAAGGAAAUUAAAGGAUUGACUUGUCUUUUUAGAAGCAACGCGAGUUGCUGAAUUGGUCAUUAAAAGUUGUAAAUGAUAGAGAAAUUAUUGUUGAAGGUCAAAGAAGGUAUUUUGUUGUCAGUCUUUUACGAACCUGCUUUUUUCUACAUCAGUUUUGAAGUUUUCUGGAAGCGUGCGCCCGUGUACAUUAUGUUGAAUAAACAUUCUUCAAUUGUUUUCAGCGGUGAUCCUUCAGACAUAAGUUGGAAAACGUCUGUGAUAUGUGAGAGAAUUUCUACAAAUGUAGUUCGGAGCAAAAAGGGGACAUUGUAUUUUCUCCUUGGAGAAAUUAAUGCAAACGAUAUGAUUGAAAAAAGUAAGUCAGAAAUUUAGUUCAUGAAAUGCCUGGAAAGUUAGUUGAGACUUGAGGCCUUUCAACUCGAAACAGAUUUUCAGUAAAAUGUAGUGCAAAAAUAGACAAGAUGUUUCCUGUCAACACAACGUUUAUUUAUUUGUAAAAUUAUACAAUUCAUAUAGUAAUGCAGGUUCGAUGUGACUGGUUGAGCUACUCACCGUAUAGCAAACUCAUAUACAAUGAGUAGCGAAUUCAAAAUGUCGGCAGGAAAACCGCAAUUCCAUAUUUGCAGUUUCUGAAUUAAUGAUAAUUUCUAUAGACUAUAUCGAAAGAGUAACGAAAAAAACAUGAAGAAAAUUAUAAAUUCUUCAGAAUGUCGCCAACAAAACGAAGUAAAUUUUUCGUCAACAAGCAAAGAAAGUUUUAGAUAUGCAAAAAAAUAUCUCGCGUUUUCAGCAAUAUUGUUCUAAAACCAAGUUGCGACAUGCAUUGCCAUUGUGCCAGAACAAACUGUCAUAAUAUCACAAUAUACAGAAGAGUCUAAUUGCACAGGUUAAUCGUGGAUGUCUAAUAUCUUAUAAACAAUUAUACCAUUCUGUUUCUGGUGUUAUGCACUCCGGUGAAGAGAUAUGUUUGUGAUGCUGUCCCUGACCAUGUCCAUGCACAAGCUGAAACAUUUGAUUGACUGGGGUGGGAAUCGAAUCCGCGAGGUCAAGUCGGUUCGAGUACGUGAUAUUUCGGAACUAGAAGUUCUAGUUCUAUCGCACGAACUAGACUGAGUUCCGAAGUAUCACCCACUCGAACCGACUUGACCUCGUAGCUUAGUUGGUAGAGAAAUGGAUUCGUGAGUUCGAUUCCCACCGCGGUCAAGCAAACGUUUCGGCUUGCCCGGUGUCAACCGGUGUGGACAUACUCAGAGACAACAUCACAAAUUAUACCAUUCGCUCUCGUCACAUAUAACUAGCGAGUAGCAGUUCAUAUACACGACUCGAGCUUAAUAAUUCUUGAAUGUAUAAUCCGUACGAAUAAAGAUCCACGCUUAUACGAAUCGGAAGCCGUUGUCGUUGAAUCUUAUCGUCAACCCUGAUAAAAGAUUUUUUCUCUAGGUUUUUCUGAAGAGAUUGUAAGCAUGUUCAAGUAUGGAUUUCCACCUAACUGGGGAGAUAUAUUUUCAAAGAUUGUUUCGGACCAACCUGAACGGUAA